AUGUCUUCUCAUCACUCGCCGUACGAUAAUAUCGAGACAGCAUCUCACUCAACACUAGGUCACUCUGAAUCUCAAGGCCAGAAACGGAAACACUCGACUUCGCAACCUGGACGCGAAUAUGGAUUGAUGCGCGAUACAGGCGAGCACGAUGCCGCUCGAUUCGUGGGAAGUGGCAGUGGAAUCCACUAUAUUCGUGCUGUUCAUCUUCGUCUCGCCAAGAGAUCGGCAUCAAGAACUACAGAACCUGGAUCUUCGACUAUAAACACGCUUAUUCCCGGUGAAGACGAUCAACUUCGUCAAGAUGCUUCGAUAAGACGAAAUCGAGAGCAGUUUCUUUGGAAAGAUGAUGAAGUCUGUGGAAAUGACACAAGUGAUACCUUUGAAGACUUGGUCGAGUGGUCCAAGAGUUAUUUCGAGGCGUGGCAUCCUGUUCUUCCGUUCCUUCACGGGCCUCAUGUCCUGGGUUUGUUUGAAGAGGUUGCUAAGAAUGGAACACUAUUGCUUGACCCUAUCGAUAUGGUCAUAUUAAAGUCUGUUCUUUCUAUAUCGCUGGCGGAUAGUCGACAGGCCACUCCUUUCAAAAAGCCGAUCCCAAAAUGUCGAUGA